AUGGAUGAAGUUGUCAAGUCUAACAAAACACAGGUAGUUGGCCAACGCACAGCAUUUGGUUGGAUACUAUCGGGUCCAAUCAACUGCACCGGUUGUUCUAAAUGGGUCUCCUUAUCAGCUGUAAUGGAAUCCACUAACGAACAACUACUAGAGCUUCUCCAGAAAUUUUGGGUCCAGGAAGAGCUGCCAAUUCACAAAGCAGAAGAUUCAGAGCUAUCACCAGAGGAAAUGGAGCUUCCUUUGAAGACAGCACCAGAGGCGCUCGGCGAGUCGAGAAACAAGGCCUCACGUCAACUACAGUCAGUCAUCAGCAGACUCAACAAGAAUGAGGCAUAUUCCCACUUGUACAAGGAGUUCAUCACCGAGUACGAGCACUUGGGACAUAUGCAGAAGGCGCCGGAUGCUCCAGAACCUAAUCCAGUCUACUAUCUUCCGCACCACGGGGUUCUGCGAGAGGAUGCGGUCACCACGAAGCUGAGAGUCGUCUUCAACGGCUCCAGUGCAACUUCCUCAGGUAUGUCACUAAACGAUAUAUUACAUUCUGGUGGAAAGUUGCAGGUUAACGCCAUGGACGUCCUGACCUGGAUGAGACGUCACAGACUCGUCUUUGGCACAGACAUCGUGAAGAUGUUCAGGCAGAUUCGAGUUCACCAGGACGAUUGGGACCUACAGAGAAUCCUGUGGGUUGAUGACAGUAACCAGCAGAUCUCCUAUCAACUCACCACAGUCACCUACGGUCUCAAUUGUUCACCAUGGCUAUCAUUGAGAGUCCUCCAACAACUAGCAGAGGAUGAAGGGCGCCGUUUUCCCGUUGAGACAAUCACCAGGGGUCGUUAUGUCGAUGACAUAUACGGCGGUGCUCAAUCACCAGAGGACCUAAAGGAGAUAGCAGUUCAACUACAGGGGCUAUGCCAAGCAGGGGGCUUCGCUCUCCAGAAGUGGAGCAGUAAUUGUCCAAAGGCGCUCCAAGAAUUAGGUCUAUCACCAGAAUCAGCAGUUAUCGAGUUUGAGGAAUCAGUCACCAAGGUCCUUGGAAUGUGUUGGCAUCAAUCAUCCGACACAUACAGGUAUAAAUCCAGAGACUUCAACUCGUCGACGAUCACCAAGAGAGUUGUCUCAUCAGAGAUAGCCCAAAUCUUGGACCCAUUGGGAUUCAUCGCUCCAAUCGUCAUCAGAGGGAAGAUUCUACUCCAAGAGCUGUGGAAGCUCAAAACGAAUUGGGAUGAUCAGCUUCCAGAUGAGUACAUCAACGGCUGGAAAUUAUUUAGAAACGAUGUCACCAGUCUAGACAGAGUAACUGUACCCAGAUGGCUAAGACUCUCAACAGAAACAGCAGAAAUUCAAAUUCAUGGAUUCGCUGAUGCCUCAACAGUCGCCAUGAGUACAGUAGUCUACCUUCGCACCAAGAACUUCAACAAUCAGACAUCAACAGUCCAGAUAUGUGCGAAAACCAAGGUAGCACCCAUCAAACAGAUCACGAUCCCACGUCUAGAGCUCACAGCAGCUCUUCUACUGACCCAGCUAGUGUCGUCAACGUGUCAGAUGCUUCAACUCGCCAAAGACCAGGUAGAAAUCCACCUCUGGUCAGAUUCCUCAGCCACACUAGCAUGGAUCCGAAGCCACCCAUCAAGAUGGAAGGAUUUUGUGCGCAAUAGGGUCGCAAAAAUCCAAGAAACUCUACCAACAGCCCACUGGAGACACAUCAGGGGCACACAAAAUCCAGCUGACUGCGCUUCCAGAGGAAUAUCACCGACAGAGUUAGCAGAUCAUCAACUGUGGUGGUCAGGGCUAGAAUGGCUUAAUAAGGAUCCAGAGGAUUGGCCACAAUCAACUAUAGACGCUCCAGUAAUGGACACUCCAGAGGUGGCCAAGGAGUCGAGACCAUCACCAACACACCCAGCUGUACCGAGAAUUAUCAAAAUAGCAGAGAUCCUCAACAGGUACAGCACGAUGGCCAAACUCCUAGCAGUAUCAGCGACAAUCAACAGAGCCAUCGACAGAUUCAGCAGGCAGCCAGUGCCCCCGGGACCUGUGCUGACAACAGCAGAGCUCAACGACGCAAGAUUAUUCUGGGUAAAGGUAACACAGUCACAGUACUUUUCACCAGCAGUUCGAUUGUUAGAGAGACCGUCAACUUCCAAGAAGUCACCCACUAGCCAGGCUGACUCCAACAUUAGACGAGCAGACCAUCAUGAGACUUGGAGGACGGCUCAAAAAUUCCUUGUUGAGCCCAGAUGA